AUGGCCUCGAUCGCCGCGUCGCUGCAGGCGUCGCUGCCGAAGCCGAAAUACACCGGCGAGGACGAGGAAGAUGCGUCACGAUCGCAGCAGCGCGGUCCUCGCAUCGUCGGAGCCGGCCAGCUGGACGAAACACAGGUCGUGCUGAAACGAGCAGGCCCUCCGCCGUACGGCCAGCGUGCAGGAUGGCGGCCGCGCUCGCAGGAGGACUUUGGCGAUGGAGGCGCGUUCCCCGAGAUUCCAGUCGCCCAAUACCCGCUCGACAUGGGCAAGAAGGGUUCGUCAACGAGCAACGCGCUGGCGAUUCAGGUCGAUGCAGAGGGCAAAGUCAAGUACGAUGCGAUCGCGCGACGCGGACACGGCGACGGCCGGAUCGUGCACACAUCAUUCAAGGACCUCAUCCCGCUGCGACAACGCGCUGAUGCCGGAGAGGUCGACCUGUCGCGCCCGACCAAGGAAUCGGUGGCCGAGACGACGGAGAAGACCAAAAACGCGCUCGCAGCGCUGGUCAGCGGAGCCGUGGCGGCACAAAAGCCCAAGAACGUCAACGUCGGAAACCGAAAAGAAGCUACGUUUGUACGGUACACUCCGGCGAACCAGAUGGGCGACAACUCGAAGAAGCAAGACCGGAUCAUGAAGAUUGUCGAGCGCCAACGAGACCCGAUGGAGCCGCCCAAGUUCAAGCACAAGAAGAUUCCUCGAGGACCCCCCUCGCCGCCGCCACCCGUCAUGCACUCGCCGCCGCGGAAGCUCACGGCCGAAGACCAGGAGAUGUGGAAGAUCCCGCCGCCAGUGUCAAACUGGAAGAACCCGAAGGGCUACACGGUGCCGCUGGACAAGAGAUUGGCUGCCGACGGGCGGGGGCUGCAGGAUAUUGCCAUCAACGACAAGCAUGCCCAGUUCGCUGAGGCGGUCAAGAUGGCCGAGAGGCACGCCCGCGAGGAGGUGCAGCAGCGAGCGAUGAUGCAGCAGAGGCUGGCGGAGAAGGAAAAGGCACAGAAGGAAGACAACCUCCGAGCGCUGGCGCAAAAGGCAAGAGAGGAGCGUGCUGCGGCGGGCCGCGGUCGGAGGGACUCGAGGACCUCACGAGACUCGCGAGACUCGCGCGACUCGCGAUCCCGAUCAAGAAGCUACAGCAGCGACUCCGAGUCGGGUUCCGACAGUGAGGAUGCCGAGGUGCGCGAGCGAGAAAAGGCCAGACGCGAGAAGCGGCGGGACGAGGAGCGGAAGCUCCGGCAAACGCGCAUGGGUGCCGAGCGGCGAGUGCAGGUCAUGGCCCGGGAGCAGAACCGCGACAUCUCCGAGAAGGUGGCUCUCGGACUGGCAAAGCCGACGCAGUCCAAGGAGACCAUGUACGACUCGCGACUGUUUAACCAGUCGAGCGGCUUUGACAGCGGCUUCAACGAGGACAACCACUACGACAAGCCGUUGUUUGCGGCCCAGGACGCCAUCAGCAGCAUCUACCGGCCGCGGGCAAAUAUGGAGGAGGACGACCCGGAGGCUGGCGACAAGGAGAUGGCCAAGAUUCAGAAGACGAGCCGGUUCGGCGAGGCACUGGGCAAGGGCACGUUCAAGGGCGCGAGCGAGGUCGAGGUGAGCAACGAGAAACCGUCAUGGACAAGAUCACUGCUAACGAUUGAAAUCAAGGCUCGCGAGGGACCUGUACAGUUUGAAAAGGACAAGACGGACCCGUUCAACGUGGACAAGUUCCUUUCCGAGGUGGACCAGAGCUCGUCGUCAAAGCGCGGCUACGGCCUGCAAGACGAGGGAAGGCAGCCGAAGCGGCCUCGUGUGGAGGACGACGACGAGUAA